UGCUGAGCUCGGACGUGCGAUUUUUCCCCUGGGUAUCCUGUUCUUCCUUUUCUCAUUGCUGUGAGAUUGGCUCAUCAGACCUAAGUCUGCCUUUCAGAGGGCGCUGGGGUGACUAGCCGCCUGAAUCAUCUUCGGACACUGUUGGCCGGGACCCGUAGGGUUUUUCCAGAAUCUCACAAUCAGACCAUUGAAGACUUGGUUUUAAUCUGAUCAGAUCUCUGUUGUUUGGGAAUUCUCUUAGCUUCUGCUUAGGGUCUGGAGUUCUCAGAAGGUUCUGGUUUGUUCCUGGAUCGUUGCCUCAUCAGAGAGACCUCUGACCCCGCAAUGGGUGACGGGUGACGGCAUGUUUGCCGAGCAGGCGCUCCGCCAGGGCAUUUCUCUCACAACUUCCCCUCCCACGCGUUGAUGUGAGAACGUGAGCAAAUACCAAACAGGGAGCGAUGGAGACCCUGAAAGACAAAACCCUGCAGGAGCUGGAGGAGAUGCAAAACGACCCGGAGGCCAUCGACCGGCUGGCCCAGGAGGCCCCUGAGGUCCAGGACCUGCAGCUGGAGCGGGAGAUGGCGCUGGCCACCAACCGCAGCCUGGCCGAGCGGAACCUGGAGUUCCAGGGCCCCCUGGAGAUCAGCCGCUCGAAUCUCUCGGACAAGUACCAGGAGCUCCGGAAGCUUGUGGAGCGGUGCCAGGAGCAGAAGGCCAAGCUGGGUAGGGAGGCUGACGGAGCGGCCUGGUCAGGGAGGGCCUGGGCGAGCUGCUGGGUCCCGGUCAGGGAGGGCCUGGGCGAGCUGCUGGGUCCCGGUCAGGGAGGGCCUGGGCGAGCUGCUGGGGUCCCGGUCAGGGAGGGCCUGGGCGAGCUGCUGGGAAGCCUGGGAGAGUGGAGCCCGCUCGCCCCCAGGGCAGGGGGCCCCAGUCUAGCCGUGCUUUCCUCACUUGCCCUGGAGGGUGGUCCCGCUGUGACUCAUUUCAUAGGUGAUACCAGGAGGCUGUUGGCUGGAGGAAGCCCGCGGGCGCCGCGCUGGCACCCUUCUCUCCGCCCAACUCCCCCAUCUCGCCCGGGCCCCGAAGGCCACCCCCCCCUGCGGCAAGAGCAGCCACCCCAGCCCCCGCCGGCGUCGGGGGUGCCUCCCUACCCUCUGCCCUACAGCCCGUCUCCCGGCUUGCCCAUGGGCCCCACCGCCCAGGGCGCACUGCCACCGGCGCCCUUCCCCGUGAUGUCCCAGCCCUCCUUCUCCUACAGCGGGCCUUUGGGCCCCCCCUUCCCGUCAGCCCAGCCAGGGCCCAGGGCCGCUGGGGGCUACUCUUGGUCCCCACAGCGGAGCACACCGCCCCGGCCUGGCUAUCCCGCACCUGCCUCUGGUGCCUCUGGCCCCGGGUACCCCUUGUCGGGGGGCCAGGCUCGCAGUCCUGGUUACCCUCAACAGCCCUCCUACCCCGCGGCGGGAGGAAAACCUCCUUACCCGACACAGCCCCAGUUCCCCAGCUUCCCGGGCCAGCCCCAGCCCACAGGCCCCCCUCAGCCUCCCUACCCCCGCGGGCCGGCCCCUCCCUACGGGUUCCCGCCGCCUCAGGGUCCUGCCUGGCCUGGGUAUUAGGGCCCUGGCCUCAGCCCUCCCCUCCUUCCGCCUGAACCGCACCGUUGGCCCCCCCUCUGCUGAGAUUCAAGGUUAGAUUGGAAGUGGAGUUGGCUCGCCCCGUGGACUUGGGGGCCUGCAGGCCCCGGAAAGGCACGGCGGUCACAGCGCUGCCGGGCUUAGCCUGUCUGUGCUGCCGGGCGGGAGUCCACGCCUCUCCGUGGCGUCUGCAGGAGCCGCUGUGUGCCCGCGACGGUCUGCUGUGUCCGCCUCCCACUCUGAACAGUACGACGGCUCUGGGGGCGGCUGGUCUCGGCCCCUGCUCACCCCGCCCCGGGUUGGCAUGGUCCACGUGGUGCCCGCACCCAGGGGUGUAGCUGUGUGUCUCUCUGGUCCAUUCGAGGAUGGCCCGCCCCACACACAUGGUCAGGGUUGGGUCGCGGGGAGAACAGUUAGGAAACACCCUUCAUGAUUUUAAGUCAAAAAGCCAUAACUGAGCUCUGA